AGAUUGACAUUUGACUUCCAUCCACAACAUCACACAUCCAUCACCAACAUGGCGGACGCAGAAUACAACGCCGAAGAGGCAGCCGAGUUGAAGAGAAAGAGAGCGUUCCGCAAGUUCUCCUACCGUGGCAUCGAUCUCGAUGAGCUCCUCGACCUCAGCUCCGAGCAACUCCGCGAUGUCGUGCACGCCCGCGCGCGCCGCCGAUUCAACCGCGGUCUCAAGCGCAAGCCCAUGGGCCUGAUCAAGAAGCUGCGCAAAGCCAAGCAGGAGGCCAAGCCGAACGAGAAGCCGGACCUCGUUAAGACACAUUUGCGCGACAUGAUCAUCGUGCCGGAGAUGAUUGGCAGUGUGGUCGGUGUGUACUCUGGCAAGGAGUUCAACCAGGUGGAGGUCAAGCCUGAGAUGGUUGGACACUACUUGGCCGAGUUCAGCAUUUCUUACAAGCCUGUCAAGCACGGUCGCCCGGGUAUUGGUGCUACGCACUCUUCCCGUUUCAUUCCCCUCAAGUAAGCGCUGGCGGAGAUGAUGAUGGAACUUCGGGUUGGGGCGCGUUAUGAGCCGGGAGGAGGUCUAUGGCUGUAACGUCUUCCUCCAUAGUCAAAAUCAAGACAUGCCCUGCGCAUGGCGUGCUCACCACCAGAAAUCCUGUUUCUCCCUUCACGCCUCCCAUCUAUACGUCACCUCGUUUGA